GCGCCAUUACCCCGCCAGCCGGGCUGCCGUGGGUGGAGCGCGGUUUGGGCCUCCCCGCCAUGUCCCGACACGUUUUUCUCACGGGGCCCCCAGGGGUUGGAAAGACUACUUUGAUCCAGAAAGUCACUCAAGCUCUAAAAUCCUCAGGCAUUUCCAUUGAUGGAUUUUACACAGAGGAGGUUAGAGAAGGUGGCAGGAGAACAGGAUUUGAUGUUGUCACUUUGUCUGGAAAACGAGGACCUUUAUCUAGAGUCAGUUCCGAUUCUACUACUUCAAGACGUGAAUGUCGGGUUGGACAGUAUGUUGUAGACCUUGUUUCAUUUGAGCAGUUGGUUCUACCCAUGCUGAGAAAUGUAAACCAUGGCAGUGAUGCAGAGAAAAAAAUUUGCGUCAUAGAUGAGAUUGGUAAAAUGGAACUCUUCAGCCAGGCUUUUAUUCAAGCUGUUCGUCAGACGCUGACUGGCUCGGGGACCGUGGUGCUUGGAACUAUUCCAGUACCAAAGGGAAAGCCACUGGAUCUUGUUGAAGAAAUACGAAGUAGGAAAGAUGUUAAAGUGUUCAAUGUUAGUAAGGAAAACAGAAACAGCAUUUUGCAAGACAUCUUGGCAGCUGUGGAAUCCUGCAGAAAAUGAAGACCUUUUCUUGCCUGUAAACACUAAAGCUUUUAUUUUAACAAAGCAUUACGAUGUUUUGCGGAUGUUUUAGUCUGUCCUUCCUGCAUUAGCCCCUGGAGGCUUUACUGGAGCCUUCAGGGUAAGCAGAGUAAAGCUGGUAAUACUCUAAAAUGUGAAAAUGAGAUAGCAGGGUUCUUGUUUAUUCAGUUCACAAGCAAAUCUAUUAAAAAAUUGAACAGAUGCAUAGUUAACAUGCAGUUGUAAUCUGGGUAUUUGGAAGUUAGGUAGCCUGACUCUGAUCCUAGUUACACCAUGUAAAACCAGUUAACUGUCAGAAAUGUUUGAGAUCUUAGUCUUUCAGAGCCUGGUGUGGACUGUUCUGCAUGGAGAGCAAUUCAGCAUCUGAAAUUUCACCCUGGUGUAACAGAACAGAACCCUGUCCAAAAUGUGUGUGUGCUCUGCCAGGUGUAUGUAGAAAUAUCUUUGCUGUUGGUGACCCAGCUUAGGUGUAUCCAGGUGUGUUUCAGUGUGGGUGCUGAUGUUUCAGGAGGUGAAAGGAAUAAGCAAGUGCUUCUCCCCUACCCCCAGACACCUCUUUCUCCAGUUGAAGCGUAAGAAGGGUCAUCUAGAAGUUCAAGGAAAUUUUCUGUAUUCCCAAGUGACAUUUGCAGAAUUCCACUUCAGGAGGAAAAAUAACCAACUCUACCCUCUCCUAAGUGGCCUAAAUAGUACUUGCUAAGAGUUAUCGGAAAAAAGUAAUAAUAAUAAAAAAAAAAAUCUUCAAGUCCAUGAAGUUCAGUCAAAUCUCAACUUACGUUUUUCAUGCAGUUUAUUAAGUCAGGAUUGACUUAAUACUGCAUUUGUCUGUAUGAGUUUUACAAUCUGUUAUGUUUAUUGAUACUUCUUGUUUGGUUGGGAUUUUUCCUUUUUCAGUUCUGUACUUGCUUAAUGGUUGGUGGUGAAAUAAAAAGUGUUUGAGAGUA